UCUUAAGAAAACAUGUUCUUUUUCAGACUUUUUCUGUAUCUUUGAAAGACAAGACCCACAAAACUACAUCCUAAUAUAUUUGUAAUUAUCUCAAACAGCACAGCGAGACACGGGUAAUCCGCUAGUUUAUUUAUAUGUAGAAGUCAACAUAUUUUUAAUUCUACUUCUAGGAUUAUGUAACGGAGAGAGCUUUGAACCGUUGACAAACCCAUAGUCGGCAUAGUCGUGUUCAAGAUUCGGCAGUUUAAGUAUUAGUUUUGGCGUAUACUAUACAUGGCAUCCUUCUGUCUUCGUAAGACGAUGGAAUGGCUACUGACACUUCAUCAAAUGGCUUACGGUGCCGAUUUAAGAAUAGCUGUCUUGGCUGCAUGUCUCGCAGUUUACCGCUUAUUUACACUUAAAUAUUACCACUCAAAGAAGGUAUGUUUGUUAAUUAUUACAAAUAACAGUCGUUUCUUAUAUGAUUUAAAGUAUUUUUUUGUUGGAAUGGCAACGCAUAUUUUUUAAAUAUUUUAAAAUACAAAAUGCUUACGAGACAGCUUUAUCAACAACUUCUUGAAACUUGUCUCUUUUCGUCUCUAAGAUAUUUGUGUUAGCUAAUGACAAAAAUGUUGUAAAUCUCACUAUUUACAAUAAAUUGUCUUUAAUAUCGGUAUACUUUUUCAAUAUAAACACCGUUCACUCAUUAGUGCAAAGAAAUAAUAUGUUUAGUGAUGUUAUUCUAAAUCCAAAAGUGACAAAAAUAUAAUUUAAUAUACACAAUUAACGUAAAUCUAUUGAAAAUGUACUAAAGUUAUCCAUUUAACUUAAAUAUAUUUUUAAAUAAAUUAAAUCUUUUUCAUACUCUUAUUGCAAGAAGAAAUUGUUUAAUUAUUUUUGUCAAUUUCUAACAUUAACAAAAAUCUGGCAACAUAUUAUUAGUAACGUAAGGCUUGUUUCUCGUAUGUAUGUAUUGACGUUGUUUCUAAUUCAACUGUACACAUUAUUUUGAUAAUUUUAAAAUUAAUGAUAUUUUGGUAUGGAUUAUAGAACAAACGUAAAUUUUUUGCCUUAAUAAAUUUAUAUUUACAGCUGUCAUUACAAGACAAUGGCCAGAAAAUCUCCAUUAGUUGAGACAGUUGUCUUCAUUUUGGCUGUUCUGUAUCUUUGUUUUUCUUCAGUGACAGAGGUAGGCAGUUUUCCUACUCAAGUCACUGAUUGAGUCGAUUUCAUUAAUUUGUGUAAUUAAUUUAAAGAAGUUACGUUUAUUUUUAGACAAAAAUUCCAAUAUCUUAAGCUAUUUAGUUUUGUUUCUUCUGUCAACUUUUUUCGUGUAAAGUAAUAUCAAUAAAUUUAUUGAUUAAAGUUAAAGUUAUUUCAAAAAAUAUUUCUCCAUUUUUAAAUUAAAGUGAUAGAAAAACUUGCAUCUUAAGUUAACAUAUUUGAAAGUAAUUUAUGCUUUAUGAAUUUUUUAAUUAUAAAAGUAAAAUACAAGACAGUUGCAGGAACUUAGUGAGAAGUUUGACUUUUUUUGAGUGGAGACACUAAUUCUUUGGUUAGGAGAAAGUACUUGCAAUUCUCAGUGGGUUUUCAAGUGCUCAUAAGAUAUUUUGAUUCUAGUUAGUUUUAUUAUGCUUCAGCCCUGAAAAAAGCUGCUCACAAAUGUAAAAGCUUGUAUUUUUAUGAGUAAAAUACAAUAUUUUUGUCCCAAAAUAAAAACAAAUUGUACUGGAUUAAAAAAGUACACCUCCAUGCAUCAUUUUUUUUGUACAACGCCAUUCAGCCCUCAUUGAGGCCAUUGUCACAUUGUGGUAUAAAGUAAAGUAUACAAGAACACUAACACAGAAAUUAAAAAUCCCUUAAAAACCAACAAAAUAUAAAUUAUAAGACAAACUAAUUGGAAAACAAUAAAUGAUCAAAAUAUAUUUAUUACGUUGAUAAUAUUUAUAAUGAUCAAUCCUCAAGUAUAGUGAAAUAGUGUAAUUUCAUCUUUAUCCUUGGGCUUAAUUUUUUGGUUUAAAUUUACCCAGCCGUAUUGUUGUAUUGUUUAGUUAUUUUCCUUUUUCUUAGGCUGCUAGCUUUGAAGAUACAAGGUGCAAAUGUGUUUGUGUCAAAACAUGGGAUGCCCAAGGGAAGAAAACAAGAGCUGUGUUUACCAAUACAACAAGAAGUGAACUUUGGUAAUUAUAUUAAUAUUUCCAUAUGUUACGACCUUCUUUCUAUUACGGAAUGUGUGCACUUCAAAAUGUUAGGACCUUCUUCUUUUGAGGACGUUCCAUGUGUCAAAUGUUAUGACUGUUAUUUGUAUUGCUGAAAUUUACUGGCACCGUUACCUAACUAUAUUGCAAAACAACCAUGGUUGGUCCACACUUUUGAGCAACAACCAACGUUCAAUGAAAGUAGUUCUGUCAUUUCACCAAACUUUCUUAAUAAAAUCAUCACUACACAGACUCUUAUCCUCAGAUCACUCUAGAGUCUAGUCCCAUUUACUAACCAGAACUUGCACCUUUUCACACUGUAAUGGUAACUCAGCAUACUGACAACACAAAUUAACUCCAUGAACUGACUUUGUGUCACCCGACCAAUAAUAACUUGCCCUGACAAAUCUUCUCACCAACUCACAAUCAACAACUUUCAUAAAUAAUCUAGUUCCCAAAUCCAGUUCAUAACACCAUAUAAUUAAUAGCUUAACAUGCUAUACAAUCUAUACUUGGAAUGCUUACUUUAGUUACCUGGUACUAUAAAGUCAAAAUCUUUUCUUCUAUCUAAAACAAAUUGUACUGUGCACAUAUAAAUUAUUAAAUCAAUCCAAUGGUGUGGUCAUUAAAAAAGGUCAGAGAAAGAAAUAUAAUAUGAUUCGUAAGCAUAAUAUGCAAUUCACUGGAGAAGUUACAUGAUCUAAAAGUUUCACAAAUUUCGUUGGUUAUUGAGAAUUUCAUCUCAUGAUGUGAGCUUGAUAAAUAUGUGAAAGCAACACAUGAUUUAAAAAAAAAUAAUAAUAAUAAAUAUCGUUUUGAGGGAUUGGGGGUGGGGGGGGGGGGGUUUACAUGAAAAUAACAUGCACCUUACUUAACUGAUUUUUAAAUUUAAAUUGGCGGUGGAUAUUUUCAUACUUAUGAAUGAAAAGAAAGAUAUUUAAUUUUUGUGUCUCAAAAAGUUAAAAUACAUUUAGAAUUUUUAUAAAGGAGCUAAAAUUUUCUUUAAUAAAUAUGUGAAAGCAACACAUGAUUUAAAAAAAAAAUAAUAAUAAUAAAUAUCGUUUUGAGGGAUUGGGGGUGGGGAGGGGGGUGUUUACAUGAAAAUAACAUGCACCUUACUUAACUGAUUAUUAAAUUUAAAUUGGCGGUGGAUAUUUUCAUACUUAUGAAUGAAAAGUAAGAUAUUUAAUUUUUGUGUCUCAAAAAGUUCAAAUACAUUUAGAAUUUUUAUAAAGGAGCUAAAAUUUUCUUUCAGUGACUGCGAGCAUGUUGUCACACCAGUUGCACCUAAAUUACCUUGUCCUCGAUGCUUGUGUCGAACUGAGACCAGAAAUACAACUACUAUUAAAGUAAGUUAUAGUUCAAGAAAAUCAGCAGUUUUAAUAUAUAUAUAGGCAAAAACCAAGAACAAGCAGCUCUAUAUUAUGAAUCCCCAAGUUUGAACCAACACUUGUCAGAAAAUUAAAAUUAAUAUGAAUAAAAUGAAUCAAAGUUUUAUAUUUUGCCCCACUAAUCUCUAACCUGUAAUUAUAUGAACACUUUUGGACUGCUACAACUGUCAGGUGUAAACCCCAGCAAAGUUUCCUUCUGCAUUAUACCUCAAUGAAUUGUCAUCAUUGGAGAACAUACACAUAGAUGAAACAUUUUUAUUAGAGAGAACUCAAUUUGUGAUUAUCAGAUCUAUGUCCCUUAGAUUGUCACAAAUUAAUGCUAAUUUUGUAUGUCCGAAAAUUCAAUUUAUCCUUUGCUAAAAUGGCUUUCCUAGUAUAUGUGUAUAACACGCAAUUUUGUUAAUAGUUUGUAUAAAAAUUUAGAUAAAUUUAUGCAGAAACUUAACUUCUCUUAUAAGCUGUUUUAAAAAAAAAAUUAAAACAUUUAAUGUAUAUUAAGCCAAAUAACUUUUUGUUUUGCAGGUUGUUGUCAUUUUUAUCAUCUGUGUAAUAUCCCUCCUGUUUGUGUACAUGCUGUUUUUGAUGUGCCUCGAUCCAAUCAUUCAAAGACGACCAACCAGUUAUCAACAACACACCAACGAGGAGGUGAAUUUGGUAACCAACUGGCUGCGCGUUAACAGCGGCUUUUCUAUUUCAUUUCCUAUGGGGAGGCUGAGGGGUGUUGCCCGAAUUCAGGCUUAUUAUCAGUUUGUUUUUGUUUUAUUUCCUGCCGCUUGACCCUGCUACACAGUCUUUAAAUUUUCAAAUUUUACUGAUAAAAACGCAUGGCAACAUAUAUUUAAAUGGGCUAUUCGUGUAAUUUUUCUUUGUUUAAAUGGCUUGUAUUUUUUUUUAAUAUUUAAUUUUACUAUAGUUUUUUAUGGCCAGGUUUAAACCAGGGGUGUCCAACCUUUUAGCUUCCCUAUGCCACAUUGGAAGAAGGCAAGUUAUUUGGGCCAGAUAUUGGAUAACUGAUGAGAAACAAAAAUAGAAAAACUUGCAUCUUAAGUUAACAUAUUUGAAAGUAAUUUAUGCUUUAUGAAUUUUUUAAUUAUAAAAGUAAAAUACAAGACAGUUGCAGGAACUUAGUGAGAAGUUUGACUUUUUUGAGUGGAGACACUAAUUCUUUGGUUAGGAGAAAGUACUUGCAAUUCUCAGUGGGUUUUCAAGUGCUCAUAAGAUAUUUUGAUUCUAGUUAGUUUUAUUAUGCUUCAGCCCUGAAAAAAGCUGCUCACAAAUGUAAAAGCUUCAAAAUAGUGAUUAUAUGUAUAAUGCAUGACUGUGAAGUAAUGGAUCUUUUCUCUGGGAAUAUAUGUCUUAUAGCAGUCCAGUUAAGAGACAUGAUAACAUUUUCUUUAAGUUGAAUGUCAGAUUUUAACUCUAUGCAUUUCCUGUGACAUAGGCAGGUAAUAAAUAAUAUGUUUAUGUCUCUGAAAAGGCAGUCGCAAAUGUACCAAAAGAUUGAUGAUUUUUCUGGAAAUCUUGAAACCUGUUCUCAAAUACCCUUAUGAAAUUGAAAAGGAGCGGUAUACAUAUUUCAUUGUUCACAGAACCAUGUUUAGCCAACUUGUCGAGAUGCAAAAAAAAAAUGGUUUGCCUUUAUUUGAGAUUGCCAUAAUUACAGUUUCAUUUUAAAUGCUGCUAUAGUUUGAAACAAUGUAUUUAUCAGUUGGUUUCACCCUUAACUCACGUUUAACUCAUUUAAAUAAGUGGUCAAGUGUACUAUAAACACCGUUUUUGUGUGUAAUUUUUCAUCAUCAAAUUGUGGCACAUAUUUUGUUUUUGAUUCCGUAAACUACUUAAUUUCACGGUAAUCAGAAAAUAUUUUCAACAUUUUACCUAAGUUAUCAAUUUUACCACCAAAAAGUCACCAUCAAUAAAUUUGAUCAAUUCCUGGAAUUGGCAAUGUCAACCCCUUGGCCUUGAUGAAAACUGUAUGACGAUAUCAAUCUUUAAUGCUUUAGCGCAUACAUUUACUUAGGAUACCAUGCAAUGAUAUUGAAUGAUACACAUAUUUUGAAAGGCAAGUGGAUCGUUUUCUAUUAUUUUAAAACUUUUAUUUUUUCUUAUCACCAAUGCGGCACAAUCAAUACUUAACCAGAUAUGAACAUCACUUUAAAGUAUUUUUCAUAGUUUCUUAUAAAUCUCUUGAAUUAGCUGUACCUUUUAAUGGCACUAGAGAAUCUAUGUCUUCAGUGACAUUAUAUUCAUCAUCAUUAUCUCUAAUGGCAAUGUCAAAACAUUUUAAGUUUAGGAUCUUUUUUUUUUGGCAGCGUUCAUCUCCGCCCAGGGCCGUUUGUGGGCUGUUGGUUGGAUAUCCUUGGUUUAAACAUGAGAUGAUCCCGGUUGUUAUUGAACCAUUCUUGAAACUGAAAAUUAGGGUUACGCAAUUUAAUUGGUAGAUAAUCGGUAAUGGAAAUAAUGGGCCAUUUUGCAUUAAUCAAAAUAAUCAAUCGGCUAAUCUGCCUACAGUGUUCUAGAUCUUAGAUUUAAAUUUAGAUUUAAUUUGGGUGGUAUUAGUAGAUUCUUGCAUGUUUGAUUAGGAGUCUUCCUAUUUGUACCAAAAUUAGACCUUUCACUCAAUGACAAGAGACACAAUUAUGAUUACAUUUUCAUCAUGAGCUGUUAAGCUUCACUAUCUUAAUAUGAUGUAAUAAACUACUUUGAUGUUUUUGUUUUGUUAUUUCAUCAAUUUAACCAUGCUAGAAAUGAUUUUUUUUGUUGAAAAUAUCAUAGUGAAUUUUAAAUCCUGGGACCAUUAAUAUAAAGAAAUGCCAAUUAAGAAAAUAAAGGAGUCGAUUGAAAUGUUUUGUUAUAUAGCUGAAAUCAUUUUAGCCCGACUCAUUUCAAAUUAUCCUGCAUUUAAAUCAGUGGAAUUUUUAAAAAGGGCAAUCCUAACAUCUCUACCAGAUAUCCAUUUUUAACAAGGAUAAUUUCUGCAUAGUUUAAAAAAAUUAUAUUUAAAAACAACGCUUCAUCAAAGUUAAUUGUUUCAAAUUGAAGUUGCAUGUCUAACGUUGUAACAUCUAUGUGGUAUCCUACAUUCACCCUAAAGCAAUUUUAAUUUCCUUUUUUUUUUACAUAUCAGUGUUUCUCAAAUUAUGUCUGUAGGCUUGGCCUUUAUUACAUGAUCAAAACCUUUACAAAAAGGGUUGCUUUUAAAUGUCUUCCCAAUUAUUUUCUUUUUAUCCUCUAUCUUUUGCUACUUUUUAUGCAUAAUGUUCCAGUGGUUCCCAACCUGUGCCUAGCUGAGCCCUAAGGGCUGUGCAGGCAUUUCUCAGGGGAUCCGUGGCCGCAACCCUCCCCUGUAAAACUGCUUCUAAACGCCAAUAAUUUGUAUGUGCAAGGGCUCCCCCAUAGAAAUUUAUUUUUAACGGGGGCUCCAUGAGUAAAAAAUGUUGGGAACCACUGAUCUAAGUUAAUUUGCCCUUAAGGUUUAAGGCGGUUUUUUUAUAAAGAGUUUUACUAAAUUACUUUUUACACUUAAGUAAUGGAGGCAUUCUGCAAAAACUCAGAUUUUAGACCAAAAUAUGAUGCAUCAGCUUAAAGAUAGCUAGAAUAAAGUAACAGUUUUCUAAAUGUCUCUUAUUGUAAUAAUUCUUGUCCAUGCUGAAAAAUACACUAAAUACGUUUAAGCCACUACAAGCAUAUUAUAAUUUAUAUUGUAUAAAAAUAAUGUAAAAUUAUUGUCAAGACGAUAUAUCUUCAUUUAUUGUACAUAUGUUUAUAAAAAUUUUCCCCAUACAAAUAUUUUUCUACCCCUUUGUUUCUUUUGUGUUUUUUUUCAGUCAACUGAGGCCUCAGAGGUUUUUGUAAAAUAUUUUUUAGCCUUCCCCUUUUUUUAUAAUUAUUCUUUUAUCUUUGAGUGUCAAGCUUAAUACAUGAUAUAUCCAAAAAAAUGUCUGUCUAGCAUGGGUUUCCUGGUGUUAUCCUUGAUACUUUGGUAGUAGUGUAACUAAAUAAACUUUUUACAUUUCUGCAUUUAUUUAUUUUAGAAGUUUAAAAUAAAAACUUAAAUAAAUCUAUAAGUUUUAGUUAUAGAUGUAUUUAAACAAAAUAUUUAAGUUAGUAUUAUUUAAUCUCAUGUUAAAACAUUAUUUUAGACAUUUUUUUUUAAAGGCUGCAACUUUUCGCACCCGGGUACCAGAAGUAAGGUGUUGGGAUUCAAAAACUAUUUAAAAUUUUAUUGUUGGGUUUAUAAGACAAAAUGAGGUAUCAAAUGAAAGAUAGUGGAUGGACUAUAUGUUGGUAACUUACUCCUUCAGUUUAACUAAAAUAAACUACCAUAAAUGGCGUCCGAAUAGCAUUGAGUCUAAUAGGACCCGGUCGCGAAUGGCGGCGCUGCGUGUCCUGGGCAAUCUUGACUUAGGAAAGUGUACAGUUAUAAUUUCUCAACUCAACUAUUUGAAAUCAGUAACAUAUUACAGUUUCUUUAAAUCAGUAACAUUACAGUUUCUUUCUUUUAAAUCUCAAGAAAAUCAAUUUCACAAAUUUUUAAAAGUAAUAUAACUCUAGUAACAAGUUACACAAUAUAUAUUACUAAUAGAAAGAAAAACCUGGGGUAGGCUCCGAGCAAACUUUCUUAGUUUUAACAUGGCUUUUGAGUAUUACAUUGUUUGGCAUAUACAUAAAAUGGUGAUGGUCUGCAUGAAAGUUACCUUACUAAACAUAAUCCUAAGGAUGUGCUCACUGUCUUUUUGUCGCACUAAGGUAGCAGUAGUAAUGGCAUGCCUGCUUCUACAUAGAAUUGUAAACUUCCUGUCAGAAUUGUAGUGAAACUUUAAAACUGAAGCUUGUCCUUGACUUAACCAGACAUUCCUUUAUUGGUUGGGAUUUAAUUUUAAAAAAAUAUAUAUAUCCUUAUUCUUGCAUGUUUUAAUAAAUUAUCUCAAAUACAUUAUUGGUUCUAGUUUUAAUCUUAAUCUGAAUAUUUAAAAAAAAAAAAUUAUCUGGCAUGGAUUUCUGCCCACUACAUGUGUGUAGAUGCUUUUAAUGAUAGGUUGGUACUCCUUGUGAAAGAUACUUAUGUAUGUCUACUAUGAGCCAAGUUACUGGAAUCAAAUUCUUGUGAACACUUCUUGCUCCUUUAUAUUAUAAGUACCAGUUUCUUGCUAUGGUAUUCAUUACAUUUUUAAAUGAAUUGAAAAAGUCCGUUUCUAUUGGAACAUAUUUUGUGCAUUUGAUUAUAAAAAUAUUUAACUUUAAAGAUAUUCAAUUAUAAACUUUUUAUAACAAGAUGUUUAAGUGUUUAUUUAUAAGCGUCAUAAAAAAAAAUAAACAAGUGCCUUAAUAUUAACAUUUAAAAAAAAAAAAGGUCUUUUUGAAGUAACUUUAAUAUAAAUCCUCUUUCUUCUGUUGAUAAUACCUUUGAGAAAAUCCACAAUUUUAAAACAUUAAAUAAUGGAUUUUGAGACCAAAAAAAAUUUUAGUUAAAACUUUCUUUUAUUCUUGACUUUGUCAAGUUAUCUUUGAUUUGUUCCUUUUCAAAUCUUAAUUUAAAAAUUAAAAAAACAGUUCUGUUCAAUUGGAAAACAAGAUAUUUUGAUGGUGAAAAAUUAAUGUUUUCUCUUUUCCCAGGAGGAUAUGUCUGGUACUAGAUCAGAAGGGCCAGUAACUCCACCCCAGGGGGCAACUUCCGACUUGGCCGCGAGACAGAGGUCACUGCUCAACAUAAUGCAGAAAGAACAAAAGAAGUGGAAGGGAACUGUACAGGAACAGCGCAGGAACAUUUAUGACAGACACUCCAUGCUCAACUAAGAGAUUCCAGCCAUUGAAAAAAAAACCCACUUUGCUUGUUGUGAGGGGUUCGGCUAAUUUUAUUUUAAAAUCACCGUUGUCUGACUGUAAUCAGAUAUACACUCCAUGAAUUCUAUGUCUUUACAUACUUAUACGUUUAGAGUGGUGGGGUAGUGAAACGUAAUGUUUUUAUAUUCAAGUACAUACAAAUUAUUGUUUAAAAAAUUGGCUUUCAUAUAUUUGGAUAUUUAAUUAAAAUAUCUGCUAGAACUGGGUGAUACAUUCUCUGAAUGUCUACUGCUAAAUAGAGUUUGAAUUGCGAUAACAGACCUUGUUACUCUUUUGAUUUUUAAUUACAGUGUACGAUUUUGUCUUUUAUUAAUUUAUGAUUGUAGAUCAAAACCUGUCAAAACUGCAAUUUUUAAGAGACCGGAUUGAAAAAAAUAUGCCUGUAGUUUUUAAAAAAUUUAAACAACAAUACAUAGCGUUGUUAGUUUUAUCUCUUGCCAUACAUCAGGGCGUGAAUGGACAGAGAGAAAUAUGAAUUGUUUGGGGCAAUCCAAAAAUCCUUUGAUUUAUGCGUUGAAAUGGGAAGCAGGUGAUGUUGACUUAAGAGUGUACAGGUAUGGGUGGGGAGGUGUCUAAAUAUUUUAAAGGCUAUUUCAUUUUUUGGCAUUGUGAAAAUGGAGAAAACUACAGAUUUUUUAUAAAGAUGCAUCUUCAACUGAUCGUCACAGCAGUGUAAAGUUUUGAAAAAUUAUAUACAAUCUAGUUAUUGGCAUUUGAAAUCUGUUUUUAGGAAUCACUAAGCAUCUGUGAAAUUUUAAUAGGGGAAUAAUAAGGCGAGAGACUGCAAUCAGGUUAGUACAAAAUAAAAUGAUUAAAACAGAGUAGGGUUAAACCUGAAAAAAUACACGCAACGAAACAGCGAACGUGUCGGCAGAAAGCCUUCGUCAGCGAACAAAACAACAGAAAAAACGGUAUAAAAAUAAGAAAUAGCACUUAGCUGGAAAGUAGUAUCUGUGG